CCACUUUAAAAUUUGAAUAAUGGCAGCUACCACAAAACUUUUGAAGUAGUGUACAUCAGAAUAUUACAGAGGGACCUUGUUUUUAUGCUUUAGUUAUAUUUUUCAGCCAUCAUGACGGACAAACCUCAGUCGCUUUUUUUUGAGACUCCUGCUGCUGGGAGGGGCUCUUCUCGUCAAGUUACUGCUAUGGAACCACCUAUCCUUCGUAAAAGAAAAGAAGAAGGACAUGCUGAGAAAAGAACUCGUGUUACGGACCAUGAAAUAAAAGAGGAAGAGUCUGGUUCAUUGGCCAUGAGGUAUAAAGUUGGAUACCGAAGAGCCGAUUUAUAUCCUGCAACUGAGUAUCAAUAUCAGUAUGCUUGGAAGCCAUCACAAAUGGAAGGAGUGUCUCCCGUAAUGGCUGCCGCUACUGCAGCAAAGGAAAACAAGGUCCCUCCUACUGCUCUCCUUCAGGAAAAACCUAAGAAACAAGGAGAAACGAAACAAAGGAGGAUCCUCAAAGACAGCAAUUCUCUGGAAGGAGGAGAUAAGAGUAAGGAGAAGCAUCCUGCCCUAGAGAAAUUAAAAGUUACAGGAACUGAGGGAAAACCUACAAAGCCGACUAAUAACAAAGGAGACCCUCAGAAACCAGCUUUACAUGAAGGCCCUACACUGCACGAUGGUACUAAACCCUGUCAACCUGUUGAAUCAAUAGCUACUAGUAAAAAAGGAAAGAAAGUUAAAACUCAUCAAGACGGGCACACAAUCAAAAUGAUUGAUACAGGACCUCCUAAGAACUACAAGGAACCUCCUGUCAUUGACCCAGCUCCUGUAAAGAAGACCAAAGAGAAACAUAAAGGAAGAGGAGGAGAGCACGCAUUAAGUCCAAGUUACCCUCUUGUAACUGAGUAUAGGGCACAGUUUGAUCCUAAAUACAGACCAAGUAAGAGUGAAGAUAUUCCAAUUAGCGCCUCUGGUAUGAGUUAUAGAGAGGAUGUCCCAAUAAAAGAAGUGAUAUAUGGCUCGAAGGAUGACUCAUCAGGACAACAGAAGCAAACAACUCACAUAAACAAGAGCCCCAGCAGGCCUUCUCAUGCGACAGAGUACUCAUCUAAUUUCAUUUCUCCUGUUCAGUGCCAGUAUACCAAAGGAUCAUGGCUAGGAGCACCAAAACCUGAUCUAUACAUCAAUCCUUCAUCACGAAGAAAACCACCAACUACCAGCACAAAUGAUGAUGAGGUGACAUUCAUUCCAGUAUCACAGUCAAAUGAAUCAGAUUCUUCAUGGUACAAUCAGGUUUUGGAGUUAAGAAAGAAAGCUGAGGAAUAUAAAAUUAGAGGAGACAGCUCUCAUCGUAACCACCUUGUAUUCUUAGAAGAAGAUGAAGAUAGCCAGUCGGGACGAGUCAGCGACUCACCAGAUUCAAUGUAUAAUCACGCUAGCACCAAUAAUAAUAAUAAUGAAGAAGAAGGUUCAGAGCUUGAGAGUGUCUCUGAUGAAACUGAUAGGCCUGGUAUUAGUACACAUGAUUGUAUAUGCACACCACAGCAUCAUAAUACUCUACAGCAUCAUGGUACUCUACUGGCAUCCAGUACUGAUGAUCCUGUUACCCCAUCCUCCCAUUGCAUUCAUUGUCAUACUACACCAACUCCAUCACCCAAACCUCCUCCUCCUCCUCCUACUGCUAAUGCACACGGUGCGUCUCCUAUUUUGAAGACAAAAAAGAAAACUAAGGAUCAUAAAAUACCACAAAAAAGUACAAGACCAGUUCUUGCCUACUCCUCUGUCCCUAAACCCACUACUGUUUACACUAGACUGAAUCCUUACACUAAGAAUGGUCCAAUGAAGCCACCAGUUCCUGGAAGGACUACCACUCAACCCCUUUAUCCACAAUCAACACCUUUAGUGUAUUCAAGACCACAUCUAACCCCUCCCUCUUCUCUCUCUUCAUUUAAUCCUUCUCCUCUCUCUCCUCCAUCACAUUAUAGAUCACCUACACUGUUGCAUCAGUCGCCUGCUAAAAGGAAUAUUCCUCGUGACGUUCCAGCAGCAGCACCUUCAGACAGCAAUGUCCCUAUAGAGUUACACACUGAUAUUUAUUCACAGAAUCCUAACAUUGAUCUUGACUCUGAUCUUAACACUGAUACUAACGCUGCUAAGCCGUCAAUCUCAUGUCAUAUAUGUGAUUACAAUGGCCCUCUUGACUCAGCAGCAGUUUCUCACCCUCUUCCUCCGCUUACUCCUCGUCAAUCCUGCACUGCAUGUAAUACGUGUCAUUACACUGGCCCCUCUUCAUCGUUGAAACCGACUCACUUUAUGACACACGGGAUUGCGAAAUCAAGUUCUAGCAAUUGCAAUCUCUGCCUCUCUGCUCUAAAUCAGUACAAAUCCCGUCAAUCCAUUCCCUCCAAUACAAAUAUACCCUCUCAUCUAAGUCACCACAAGGAGCAGGAUAGUUACUCUGUUAGCUCAAUCUCUGUUGCUUCCAGUAUUUCUGUUGCAUCUGAUGUAUUGGCCAAAGCAAGGCAGAGGAAGAAGUUUUGGUCAGAGCAUGCAACUGCAGAUUGAGGUCGCUUGAGACUUGCAUAAAACACUAGCUAUUGAAAUAUGUACAUUUUAAUUACACUAACAUCCGGCAUAGUAUUUAAAAUAACUAUUAUUACUACUAAACAUUAUUUUUUCAUUUAUUUU